ACAAAUUUUAUGAGAUGAGGGAGGAGAAUUGAACUGAGAGCAGAAUUUAAUAAUCGAUUUCUUUGUUUGUAGAAAUUUAAUUGAUUUCUGAGGCAUGGAGAUUGGAGAACUGAUUCGUUGCCCACGCGGCCGCCCGCCCUCAUCAGUACGUGGCGCACUCGGUCCCCCGACACGUAGAUCCGUUCAGCAUUCUCACCCAGAGCCAUCCGGACCACGACCCUAGCCGCCGCGGCCGCCGCAGCCGAAGUUGAACCCUCCAUCCAGCGAAGAAUGGGCGAAUCGCCCAGCGAGCCGACGGAGGAUUUGCCGCCGACGCCCAUGGUGUCGAGGACAAUUACUUCCGGCCUCAUGUCUCUCACAAUCGGCGAGGAGCCCCCCAAGAAGUUGCGGUUGUCGUGCUUCCACGACGCCGGCGCCGAGGGGGAGGCGUCCAUCCUCGCUGAGUUGGGGAAGCCGAUGCUGAAGGACAUAAUGGACUUCUAUGAGGAGGCGUUCAGCAGGCUUCCUAUCGCCGACAUGCCGGAGGUUUUGGCCUGCGUCAUCCGCGGCGGCCACUGCAUCGGCCUCCUCGAUCCAGUGUCCAACAUCAUCUUCAACGCCCUCAAUCUCCUGUGCCGUCGCAAAUGCGGCGGGGGCUCUGUGCAGACCAGCAGCAGCAGGAACAGGAAGGUGAAGCGACCUUGCGCGGUGCAAGUCAGCAGCAGCAGCAGCAAGAGGAAGGAGGAGAAGGAGAAGGCGCCGCCCACCGAGCCUUCCUGGGUUAUUAUAGCUUCUCGUUCCUACACGGGCCUCAUUGCCUUCAUGCAGACCUACUUCCGGUACCUAUCCAAGGGGCAGGCCAUGCGCUACCUCCGCCUGGCUGGUGCCGACCUCGCCGUCGCUGUCCAGCUCGGCGAGCACCAGCAGUUCGCUCCGGAGGACCGUCACACCACUGGAGCCCCCGACCUCUGCUGCGGCAGGACCCAGUUUGCCCUCAAGGUCGCCGCGGCCAUAGCAGGGCACCCCGUGCCCGACGAUCUGGCGCGGCUCGCAAAGUCGCUGGUCCCCUUCAAAGAUCACAAGCCUCUCGCUGCUGUGCUGCAGAAAGGGCGGUCUCUCAGCGUCGGCGACCUGCCCACUUCUCCUGUGUCUUUGGUGAAAACCACAUCGCCGAUGUAGUCGUCUCACGCUAUGAUGGACCUGUAUCUAGCAUCUGAGACUUGCGGACUCCGAGAGAGAUGAAGCAAAUGCUAUUUAACUGUCUGGACGUUGCUGCCACCACGAUUGGCGAGUACAGUCCUCCACACAUGAGAAGGGAUCUUAUUACUGCUGCACCCUCCACCACCGCAUGCGAGUGUGAGCACACCAGGUAUCUGAAGAUGUGCCUCGCCGAUACCAUCCACGCUCUCUACAUCAAGGCAGUGUCCCUGCUGCAUGCCGCACAAGGCGCUCCACAAGCAUCUCCGUGGUAUCCUGGUUGCUGGGCAUUGCUAUGGCCCCAUGGACCCCGUGUCCAACAUAAUUCUCAAUGCCAUCUGGUAUGACAGUGUAUUCCCUCUGCUGGAGAUGGAUGCUGAGAUUGAGCCGGACAUUCUCGACAGCCAAUCUAUGCUUCGCAUGGAGACCCGCUCCCUUGACAGCCUUGUUGCCAUGGUCUGCACAGCCACUGGUUUUUCAGAGCACAUGGCCGUGGAAUACCUUUGCUACAAGCAAUGUGACCUAUCUGUGGUGUUUCAGAUGGCAACAAAGGAGGUAUGUCAUAAAGCCUGUGAUUGUGCAGGCCAAGCUGGAAAACACCCCAAGCAUUUGGAGCUGGCAUCAUUUCUUAUGUCCAUGGCCCGUAAUGUCCUGCAAGACUUGAGGUCCCUGCUGACCAACGAAGCAACGAGAAAAGGCUAUGUCAUUUCUGAUGCAGUUCUGGAGCAAGUGUACAAAAUAAUGGAAGAUCAAAGCUCAUCCACUUCACCAUCAGUUGGUCAUCCUAGGCUAUGCCCAUCGGCCUGGAAGAUGCUGGGAUCUAGGAAGGAUGACUUCGUGCAGAAGCAGAAGUUCCUUGGUCAAGCCUUGGAAGAAUUGCUGCUUGACUACUCAAAUCAUCAUCCUUGGGAACCUGUUCCAAGGCUAGAUGUUAUUUGUGGUGUGAAGAAAAACGACCGCGGACAUUCAAAGUCCUACCAUGUCAAUUUCUUGGUGUAUUAUGAUGAUGUUGCUUCAGCCCGUGUGCUCUUUUUUGCUGAAGUGUGGGAGUCAAGCUUUCAGGCCAAACGAUCAGAACCUAACACAUCUGUGAAUGUGGUUCCCGUGCCAUGUACUAGAAAUGGUCGCCGAGUUGAAUCUAGUGCACAGUUCGUCAAGGUUUACUGUAAAUCUAGUCGAAAGGAAUCGGAAACUUCAUUUUGCUGUCCGCUACCUUAUUACAGUCCGGAUCAUCCAUACCUUGGGCGUUGCUACAUCUGUGAGCCUAUUUUGAGUAAGAUCGUGCAUCCACCAUCUGGGAACCAUAUUGGGGCAGACUACAGUCAACUUGGAGAACAGUUAGAAUAUUUGAAUUUGCGUGAUACAAUUCCUUCUGCUGCGGAUAGCAUAACGGAGUCAGAUUUUGUCUACUUUGAUUGCCUUAGGGACACCAACUUUGCAAAAGUUCUCAAUGACGGCCGCUCUUUGGAGGAGAAGAAGCUGAUCAUCCGCUAGUCCUAAUUAGGUGGAGGAACUGACUACUGAAGUUGUUUGCAUUGUGCCAAAGGUAGACUCAUUAAUGUAAUCAGUCGCAUUGGUGGAGAGGUACUCAUGGACUCCAUACUACUACUGCUGUCUUUGUUUUUGUGUGGCCUUAUGAGACCAUUAAACCAUAUUAUGAUGGGAGGUAUGGUAUUUUA